AUGGGUGGUAGGGGUACUGAACCUGAAGCUGAAGAUUGCAUAUCCAAGCAGUGUUCCAAAUCACUGAGCCUUUCAGUGGAGGAUCAUGUCUCCAGCGGAUCCAUGAAUUUUGAAGCUCUUAUUGGAGAAGGAGGAUUUGGGAAGGUUUACCUUGGCACUUUAGAAGAUGAUUCUCACGUUGCAGUCAAAUUACUUUCUGCACCAUCAAAGGAAGGAUAUAAGGAAUUCCAAUCAGAGGCUCAACUCUUGACAGUUAUUCACCGUAGAAACUUGGUUUCGCUUGUUGGGUAUUGCAAUGAAAACAACAUCAUGGCCUUGAUUUAUGAAUAUUUGGAUAACGAUAAAAACUCAAAGGUUUUGAAGUGGAAUAAGAGACUUCAAGUUGCAAUUGAUACAGCAAAAGGACUAGAAUAUCUUCAUACUGGUUGCAGCACUCCUAUAAUCCAUAGAGACUUGAAACCAUCCAACAUUUUAUUAAAUAAAUCCAUGGUAGCAAAAAUUGCUGAUUUUGGACUAUCUAGAGCAUUUAUAAAUGAAGGAGAUACUCAUCUAUUAACUCAAUCAGCUAGCACUCCUGGUUAUAUUGAUCUUGAAUUUCAAAUAUCUGGACAACUUAACAAGAAAAGUGAUGUUUAUAGUUUUGGAAUGAUUCUUCUUCAACUAAUAACCGGUCAUCCUCCAAUAAAGAGAGGACCUGAGAAUAUUAUUAGAUUUAUUCUUGAUUGGAUUCAACCUAAAAUUGAAUGUGGGAAUAUUGAAGGCAUUGUUGAUCCAAGAUUAGCUGGAGAAUUCCAUGUAAUUAGUUCAACAUGGAAAGUUAUUGAAGUGGCAAUGUCAUCUGUGUUACCAAUGCCAUCCCAAAGACCAGAUAUAAGUUAG